CAGGGCAGGGCACAAGGCAGGGCACAAGGCAGGGCGUUGUAUCUUUAGCAACUACCCUCAGUCUGAACAAAAGCUCUGUUGUUGCAGGAUCAUGUGACGCUGUGUGUGCGUUCCACCCUCAUCAUGUGAUCUGGUGGCAGGGCUCACACUCUCAAAGUGCUGAGUCUCUCUGAGGCUCACUCUCUUUCCACCGCAUGGAGAAGACGGAGGAGAGAGAGAUGGAAGGAAAGAGGUUACAGCGAAAUAGAGGCAAAGAGAAUGGUUCUGCAGUGCAGCAAGACCACAUUCUCUCUUUCUUCCUGUCGUUCACCCCUUUUACCACUACCUCUUUCUUUUGCUUGUUGAAAGACAGUCAAACAAAGCUCCUACCUGGAUGUCAUGGAUGAAUUGACAGCAGGACGAACUCCGAAUAUUGUGGGAUUCCUUGGAAUGUUGGAUACUUCUAUGGAAUGUUGGAAUCCUUCCAAUAUUGGAUCCAGUCUUGGGAUGAAUGUGCAGGAUUCAGGUUGAGCAUGUGGAGCAGUCAUGAGCCUCAGUGACUCUAUCUAUUCCAUGGUUUCCCUUGGUAAGUAGCCUGUCUGAGGAAUGUUUGGAUUGGUUGUUUAGCACCUCUGUAUCUUGUAUGGUUAAGAUGUUGGCUUCAGUUAGACUUUGGAAUAACAGGACUUUGGAGUGAGUGAUAGACUACAUGCUCUUUAUGUCAUGUAUAUGGAUAGGCAUUUGGUAGUGUUUUAUGCCAGUAGUCAAACCAAUCAUGCUAACUCUGUAAACUAAGUACUACGGUUUGGUGGUGUUUUUUGUUGCCAGUCUUUCGUUGACUUUUUAGGGUUUGCAACUGUUGUGUGUACUUCUGUGGUGACUUGGCAGCCUCUCUUGACGGGCCUGUAAUUCUGGUUUGAAUGUUGAAAGUCUUGUUUGAGACUUGUUUAAAGUCUGCUGCUUUGUGUGUUUGUGUGUGUGUGUGUGGACGUGUUUAACUAUUCUUGUGGGGACCAGAAGUCCCCACAAGAAUAGUAAACGAACAAAACUUUGACCAACUGGGGACAUUUUUGUUAGUCCCCAUGAGGUCAAAUGCUAUUUCUAGGGGGUUUAGGGUUAAGGUUAGAAUUAGUGUUAGGGUUAGAAUUACGUUAAGGGUUAGGGAGCUAGGUUUAGUUUUAGUGUUAGGGUAAGAGUUAGGUUUAGGGUUAUGGAAAAUAGGAUUUUGAAUGGGACUGAAUUGUGUGGCCCCACAAGGUUAGCUGUACAGGACUGUGUGUGUGAGUAAGGCCGUCAUACCUGUGUUUGUCCCACAUUAACUAGCUACAACGAAUAUGUGGCUCCGUUCUAGUAUUGCUUUGGACAAAGGAACAUUGGGUGCAACAGCUGUAAGGGAAUGUCUGUGUGCUGUGUGCGGACUUUGACUAGGCUACUUUAUAUCUUGUUUAUGAAACGACUGUAGCUGGCGCCACUGCAUUUCCAAGGUUUUUGAGAGAGGGAGGGAGAGAGCGAGAGAGAGAGAGGGGGGGGGGGGGGGGUAAAAAGAGAGAGAAACACCGGGAGGGAGAGAGACCAUCCUCCAGCUGCUUUGUGAUUUGCUGAUGGCAUCCUUUCUUUGACUGUCAUCUUAGUGUCAGUGUUUUCCACCGGCCUAGUGCCAGAGUGAAAAGAAACUUGCAGACGUUGCAGCUCUCAAGGAUGCAGGGCUGUGCACUUUAACUCUCUCUCUCUCUCUCUCUCACUCACUCACUCACUCACUCACUCACUCACUCACUCACUCACUCACUCACUCACUCACUCACUCACUCACUCACUCACUCACUCACUCACUCACUCACUCACUCACUCACUCACUCACACACACACACACACACACACACACACACACACACACACACACACACACACACACACACACACACACACACACACACACACACACACACACACACACACACACACACACACACACACACACACUAUGUUGCUAGGAUGAUAGGCCUGCUAUUUCCCAUGCCAGAGACAGAAAGACUGAAGAAGGCUGUGAAAUGUAUACAGCAGGCAGCAACACAAUGCACAGUGACUGACCAGUGUAUAAAGGUCAGGUUUAGUUAGUUAACAAUAGGUUUAAUGACCAGGCUAUGGGAAUAAGGUUAGGCUAAUGACCAAGGGCUUCUCUGCACUACAGGUCCUGUGUCUGUUUUUAGUCUACUACAGGUUAAGUGAACUAAACUAUAUUCAUGAAGUUGUUAAUAAGGUCUGCAGGUCCUGGAUCAGUUGUCAGCUGGCCUGUGUUGAAUAAUUGAAGAGAGGGGUUUCCAUUUAGUACUGAUCCCAGCCCUGUCCUCCUUCACCAGCCUGUCCCCAUUCAUAAUACAACUACAUUACAGUAGGCAACACCACACUAGCCUGUCCCCAUUCAUAAUACAACUACAUUACAGUAGGCAACACCACACCAGCCUGUCCCCAUUCAUAAUACAACUACAUUACAGUAGGCAACACCACACCAGCCUGUCCCCAUUCAUAAUACAACUACAUUACAGUAGGCAACACCACACCAGCCUGUCCCCAUUCAUAAUACAACUACAUUACAGUAGGCAACACCACACCAGCCUGUCCCCAUUCAUAAUACAACUACAUUACAGUAGGCAACACCACACCAGCCUGUCCCCAUUCAUAAUACAACUACAUUACAGUAGGGAACGGAUAGUUACUAAAAGGGCUGUGAUGGCCAUGAAUCGGAUGGAAGGUACAAGGAAAAAUACUAGAUUAAACAGAGAGACCAUGAAUAAGUGACAAUUAGGCUAAAUGAGAAAGCUAAUUAUAAGAGAGAGAUAUAUUCUUAGUCGAGGGUCAGUCAGAUUCAUUUGCCCUGGUCUCAAAGAAAUGAGAGGAGAGACUCUUGUUUGAGGAUGUUGUGUGUGUUGAGUUCUGUCCUAGAUAGCACUGAGCUGGGAUUUAGGUAUUGACCUGUCCUGUAUCAAACAGAGGAGGGAACAGUCAUCAUGUUUAGGUAUUGACCUGUCCUGUAUCAAACAAAGGGAACAGUCAUCAUGUUUUGGUAUUGACCUGUCCUGUAUCAAACAGAGGGAACAGUCAUCAUGUUUUGGUAUUGACCUGUCCUGUAUCAAACAGAGGAGGGAACAGUCAUCAUGUUUUGGUAUUGACCUGUCCUGUAUCAAACAGAGGGAACAGUCAUCAUGUUUUGGUAUUGACCUGUCCUGUAUCAAACAGAGGAGGGAACAGUCAUCAUGUUUUGGUAUUGACCUGUCCUGUAUCAAACAGAGGAGGGAACAGUCAUCAUGUUUUGGUAUUGACCUGUCCUGUAUCAGAGUUGGGAACAGUCAUCAUGUUUUGGUAUUGACCUGUCCUGUAUCAAACAGAGGAGGGAACAGUCAUCAUGUUUUGGUAUUGACCUGUCCUGUAUCAAACAGAGGAGGGAACAGUCAUCAUGUUUUGGUAUUGACCUGUCCUGUAUCAAACAGAGGGAACAGUCAUCAUGUUUUGGUAUAGACCUGUCCUGUAUCAAACUGAGGAGGGAACAGUCAUCAUGUUUUGGUAUUGACCUGUUCUGUAUCAAACAGAGGGAACAGUCAUCAUGUUUUGGUAUUGACCUGUCCUGUAUCAAACAAAGGGAACAUUCAUCAUGUUUUGGUAUUGACCUGUCCUGUAUCAAACAGAGGGAACAGUCAUCAUGUUUUGGUAUUGACCUGUCCUGUAUCAAACAGAGGGAACAGUCAUCAUGUUUUGGUAUAGACCUGUCCUGUAUCAAACUGAGGAGGGAACAGUCAUCAUGUUUUGGUAUUGACCUGUCCUGUAUCAAACAGAGGGAACAGUCAUCAUGUUUUGGUGUUGACCUGUCCUGUAUCAAACAAAGGGAACAGUCAUCAUGUUUUGGUAUUGACCUGUCCUGUAUCAAACAGAGGGAACAGUCAUCAUGUUUUGGUAUUGACCUGUCCUGUAUCAGAGUUGGGAACAGUCAUCAUGUUUAGGUAUAGACCUGUCCUGUAUCAAACAGAGGGAACAGUCAUCAUGUUUUGGUAUUGACCUGUCCUGUAUCAGAGGAGGGAACAGUCAUUAUGUUUUGGUAUUGACCUAUCCUGUAUCAGAGGAGGGAACAGUCAUUAUGUUUUGGUAUUGACCUGUCCUGUAUCAAACAGAGGGAACAGUCAUCAUGUUUUGGUAUUGACCUGUCCUGUAUCAGAGUUGGGAACAGUCAUCAUGUUUAGGUAUAGACCUGUCCUGUAUCAAACAGAGGGAACAGUCAUCAUAUUUUGGUAUUGGCCUGUCCUGUAUCAGAGGAGGGAACAGUCAUCAUGUUUUGGUAUUGACCUAUCCUGUAUCAGAGGAGGGAACAGUCAUCAUGUUUUGGUAUUGACCUAUCCUGUAUCAGAGGAGGGAACAGUCAUUAUGUUUUGGUAUUGACCUAUCCUGUAUCAGAGGAGGGAACAGUCAUCAUGUUUUGGUAUUGACCUAUCUUGUAUCAGAGGAGGGAACAGUCAUCAUGUUUUGGUAUUGACCUAUCCUGUAUCAGAGGGAACAGUCAUCAUGUUUUGGUAUUGACCUAUCCUGUAUCAGAGGAGGGAACAGUCAUCAUGUUUUGGUAUUGACCUUUCCUGUAUCAGAGGAGGGAACAGUCAUCAUGUUUUGGUAUUGACCUAUCCUGUAUCAGAGGGAACAGUCAUCAUGUUUUGGUAUUGACCUAUCUUGUAUCAGAGGAGGGAACAGUCAUCAUGUUUUGGUAUUGACCUAUCCUGUAUCAGAGGGAACAGUCAUCAUGUUUUGGUAUUGACCUAUCCUGUAUCAGAGGAGGGAACAGUCAUCAUGUUUUGUCCUACAUCCUCAACAAUGAUCUGCUUCCUAGAAUUCUGCCUCCUACAGUGCUGCUGUGUGAGUGUGAGAUCAAGUGAAAGGGGUAGUGUGUGUGUGUGUGUGUGUGUGGCGAGAGAGAGAGAGAGAAGUGAAGUGUGUGUGUGUCCAGUCCGUACUUCCUCCUCUCAAAGUCCAAUAAUCCUUCCUCUGAGCAGGAAAUGAGGGCCUUGUGCCCUUAGCAACCAUUGCCAUGGUGUCUGUUGGUCGUCAGGCAGAGGGUAGUGGAGCUGAGUCAACUUCCUGUUUUGGUUCUUAGUUCCCCUCUCCACCGACAGGCACUUCCUGUAGCCAGGAGAUGGGGAGUUGGAGAGGGAAUAGGCCCUUAGAGAUGGGAGGGGGGGAGUUGGAGAGGGAAUAGGCCCUUAGAGAUGGGGAGUUGGAGAGGGAAUAGGCCCUUAGAGAUGGGAGAGCUGGAGAGGGGAUAGGCCCUUAGAGAUGUGGGGAGGGGAGGGAAGUUGGGAGGAUGGCCCUUAGAGAUGGGAGGUGGGGAGUUGGAGAGGGAAUAGGCCCUUAGAGAUGGGGAGUUGGAGAGGGAAUAGGCCCUUAGAGAUGGGGAGUUGGAGAGGGAAUAGGCCCUUAGAGAUGGGGAGUUGAGAGGGAUAGGCCCUUAGAGAUGGGGAGUGGAGAGGAAUAGGCCUUAGAGAGGGAGGGAGCUGGGAGAGGGCAUAGGCCCUUAGAAUGAUGAGGAUGAGAGCUGUGAGAGAGAGGAGAGGGAGAGAGGUCCUAGAAACCUGGACGGCUCAGAAGAGAGAUAGGAGAGGGAAGAGAGAGAGGAGGUCCUACUGAAACUGGGACUGGCUCAGUAGUAAAGGAGGGGAAAGAGAGAGAGGAGGUCCUACUGAAACCUGGGACUGGCUCAGUAGUAAAGAGGGGAAGAGAGAGAGGAGGUCCUACUGAAACCUGGGACUAGGCUCAGUAGUAAGGAGGGGAAGAGAGAGAGGAGGUCCUACUGAAACCUGGGACUGGCUCAGUAGUAAGGAGGGGAAGAGAGAGAGGAGGUCCUACUGAAACCUGGGACUGGCUCAGUAGUAAGGAGGGGAAGAGAGAGAGGAGGUCCUACUGAAACCUGGGACUGGCUCAGUAGUAAGGAGGGGAAGAGAGAGAGGAGGUCCUACUGAAACCUGGGACUGGCUCAGUAGUAAAGAGGGGAAGAGAGAGAGGAGGUCCUACUGAAACCUGGGACUGGCUCAGUAGUAAGGAGGGGAAGAGAGAGAGGAGGUCCUACUGAAACCUGGGACUGGCUCAGUAGUAAAGAGGGGAAGAGAGAGAGGAGGUCCUACUGAAACCUGGGACUGGCUCAGUAGUAAGGAGGGGAAGAGAGAGAGGAGGUCCUACUGAAACCUGGGACUGGCUCAGUAGUAAGGAGGGGAAGAGAGAGAGGAGGUCCUACUGAAACCUGGGACUGGCUCAGUAGUAAGGAGGGGAAGAGAGAGAGGAGGUCCUACUGAAACCUGGGACUGGCUCAGUAGUAAAGAGGGGAAGAGAGAGAGGAGGUCCUACUGAAACCUGGGACUGGCUCAGUAGUAAGGAGGGGAAGAGAGAGAGGAGGUCCUACUGAAACCUGGGACUGGCUCAGUAGUAAGGAGGGGAAGAGAGAGAGGAGGUCCUACUGAAACCUGGGACUGGCUCAGUAGUAAAGAGGGGAAGAGAGAGAGGAGGUCCUACUGAAACCUGGGACUGGCUCAGUAGUAAGGAGGGGAAGAGAGAGAGGAGGUCCUACUGAAACCUGGGACUGGCUCAGUAGUAAGGAGGGGAAGAGAGAGAGGAGGUCCUACUGAAACCUGGGACUGGCUCAGUAGUAAGGAGGGGAAGAGAGCAGCAACUAGAGAUUUCCCUAGACCACAGGUCUCUCUUACCAUCAUGUACGCCUGUCCAUGCCAAAGACAACUCGCUCUCAACGACUGGCUUUAUAAAUGUUAAAUAACUCUCCUUCUGUCUCUUCCUCAGUCUCCUGGGUCUGGGCUGUGGCCUGGCUGCAGUACCGGAGGCCACCAGCGUGGGGCAGUAGAGCGAGGCAGGGCCAGGAGGCAGCAGUGAGUAGGCCGGGGCUAGAUCUAGCCUGGAGGGGCAUGCGUCAUGACCUCGGUGGUGCUCGUUGACAGUGGAGGGGCGGUGGUGGAGUAUGUAACCGCUGUGGAGGACCCCCAUCAGGUGAGUUGUGAGAGGGUAGGGCCGAUUCAAAAAAAAUAAAAAAUAUAUAAGAAUCCUUUAAGGAACUAACACUUGCACUUGACUUUCCCCCCUACAUGCUGACCACAUGCACAAGGUCCUCUACUCUGACAAUUAAUCCACAGAUAAAAGGGUAAACAGAGUUAGUUUCUAGUAAUCUCUCCUCCUUCAGGCUUCAUCUUUGGACUUUAUAUGGCGAUUGGCAACCAACUUUAAGGUGCAUUACCACCACCAACUGGACUGGAGUGUGGACCUCAGUUCAUCUUUCAAUCACCCACGUGGGUAUAUGCUCCUAAAAAGCAAUGAGGAGAUGGGAGAGGCGGGACUUGCAGCGUAUCAAUCGUCACAAAUAAAACCAAGUUCUAUUUUAGCGCCUGGCUAUGCAGACGCUCGUUGAUGUGCGCAAGCAGUGAGGGUGCAAUGAUUGAAUAACAUGUAUGUGUCCAUUUAUUUUGCAACGCUCCCGAUGCGGACGGUGUGGUCAGCCUGUUACUAGCUCUGACUUGGCUGAUUAACUACUUUAUUGAGGAAAAAUGUACUUGCAAUGACUGUGAUAUGUGGUUGUCCCAGCUAGCUAUCUUAAGAUGAAUGCACUAACUUUAAGUCUCUCUGGAUAAGAGCGACUGCAACAUGUAAAUGUUGAAUUAUGAGCAAUGAAAUCACCUAGGACCUAGACUGGCUUCCUUUACAUGUCUGCUUUCCUUAAAGAAAGGACUAGAUAGGGGCUGCGCUCCAAUAUUCAUACUCACUGGCCUCCUUUACACGUCUCCUAUACUUUGAGAAAGGACUGUGUAGCAAUAGAGAAAGUGCUCUGUUUAGGAUGUUCUGUUUUCUUAACCAAGCUCUUCUUUCUCUUUGUCUGACUCUUUGCACCCCUGUUCUCCAGGAGGGGGAGUGUGAGGUGGAGGAGUGUGAGGAGGGAGAUGGUGAAGCUGAGGUAGAGGUGGAGGGAGACGUGGUCGAAGACGAGACAGAUGGGGACCUGGAUGAAGAGGAGGAGUACCCAGCGGUGAUCGUGGAGGAGGUCCCAGGCAGGGGGCUGGAGCAGUGCUUCUCUGCCCAGGUUCUGGUCUACGAUGAUGGGACCUACCUGAUGCAGGACGUGGGGGAAGAACAGGAGGUGGAGACGGAGGUGGUGGAGACAGGUGAGAGGGGUGGGAUGUACACGCAUACAGGCCUACAUACACCUACCCAACCUGAAUACACUAGUGGGAUACAUACAGUGCUAUGAAAAAGUAUUUGCGCCCUUUCUAAUUUUCUCUACUUUUGCAUAUUUGUGAUACUGAAUGUUAUCAGAUCUUCAACCAAAACCUAAUAUUAGAUAAAGGGAACAUAAGUGAACAAAUAACACAUUUAUUUAAUAAACAAAGUUAUGCAACACCCAAUGCCCCUGUGUGAAAAAGUAAUUGCCCCCUUAUACUCAAUAACUGGUUUUGCCACCUUUAGCUGCAAUGACUCCAACCAAAUGCUUCCUGUAGUUGUUGAUCAGUCUCUCACGUCACUGUGGAGGAAUUUUGGCCCACUCUUCCAUGCAGAACUGCUUUAACUCAGUGACGUGUGGGUUUUCAAGCAUGAACUGCUCGUUUCAAGUCCUGCUACAACAUCUCAAUUGGGAUUAGGUCUGGACUUUGACUAGGCCAUUCCAAAACUUCAAAUUUGUUGCUUUUUAGCAAUUUUCAUGUAGACUUGAUUGUGUGUUUUGGAUCAUGGUCUUGCUGCAUGACCCAGCUGCGCUUCAGCUUCAGCUCACAGACGGAUGGUCUGACAUUCUCCUGUAGAAUUCUCUGAUACAGAGCAGAAUUCAUGGUUCCUUCUAUUAAGGCAAGUCGUCCAGGUCCUGAGGCAGCAAAGCAUCCCCAAACCAUCACACCACCACCACCAUGCUUGACCUUUGGUAUGAGGUUCUUACUGUGGAAUGCAGAGUUUGGUUUUCGCCAGGCAUUACUGGAACCAUGUUGUCCAAAAAGUUAUACUUUUGAAUCAUCUGUCCAUAGAACGUUCUUCCAAGAGUCUUGAUGAUCAUCCAGGUGCUUUUUGGCAAACUUGAGUCAACUUUUUGGACGAGAUAAAGGUGGUACAACCAGUUAUUGAGUAUAAGGGGGCAAUUACUUUUUCACACAGGGGAAUUGGGUGUUGCAUAACUUUGUUUAUUAAAUAAAUAUGUAAUUGUUGUGUUAUUUGUUCACUUAUGUUCCCUUUAUCUAAUAUUAGGUUUUGGUUGAAGAUCUGAUAACAUUCAGUAUCACAAAUAUGCAAAAGCAGAGAAAGUUUGGACACACCUACUCAUUCCAGGGUUUUUCUUUAUUUUUAUUAUGUUCUAUAUUGUAGAAUAAUAGUGAAGACAUCAAAACUAUGAAAUAACACAUGGAAUCAUGUAGUAACCAAAAAUGUGUUCAACAAAUCAAGAUAUAUUUAAUAUUUGAGAUUCUUCAGCUACCCUUUGCCUUGAUGACAGCUUUGCACACUCUUGGCAUUCCCUCAACCAGCUUCAUGAGGUAGUCACCUGGAAUGCGUUUAAAUUAACAGGUGUGCCUUGUUCAAAGUUAAUUUGUGGAAUUUCUUUCCUUCUUAAUGCGUUUGAGCCAAUCAGUUGUGUUGUGACAAGGUAGGGGGGGUAUACAGAAGAUAGCCCUAUUUGGUAAAAGACCAAGUCCAUAUUAUGGCAAGAACAGCCCUGUGUAGCUCAGUUGGUAGAGCAUGGCGUUUGCGACGCCAGGGUUGUGGGUUCGAUUCCCAUGGGGGGCCAGUAUGAAAAAUGUAUGCACUCACUAACUGUAAGUCGCUCUGGAUAAGAGCGUCUGCUAAAUGACUAAAAUGUAAAUGUAAAAAAAUAAGCAAAGAGAAACGACAAUCCGGAAAAUCCGGAAAAUUUCAAGAACUUUGAAAGUUUCUUCAAGUGCAGUCGCAAAAACCAUCAAGCGCUAUAAUGAAACUGGCUCUCAUGAGGACCGCCACAGGAAAGGAAGACCCAGAGUUACCUUUGCUGUAGAGGAUAAGUUCAUUAGAGUUACCAGCCUCAGAAAUUGCAGCCCAAAUAAAUGCUUCACUGAGUUCAAGUAACAGACACAUCUCAACAUCAACUGUUCAGAGGAGACUGCGUGAAUCAGGCCUUCAUGGUUGAAUUGCUGCAAAGAAACCUCUACUGAAGGACACCAAUAAGAAGAAGAGACAUGCUUGGGCCAAGAAACACGAGCAAUGGACAUUAGACCGGUGGAAAUCUGUCCUUUGGUCUGAUGAGUCCAAAUUUGAGAUUUUUGGUUACAACCGCUGUGUCUUUGUGAGACGCAAAGUAGGUGAACGGAUGAUCUCUGCAUGUGUGGUUCCCACCAUGAAGCAUGGAGGAGGAGGUGUGAUGGUGCAUUGCUGGUGACACUGUCUGUGAUUUAUUUAGAAUUCAAGGCACACUUAACCAGCAUGGCUACCACAGCAUUCUGCAGCGAUACGCCAUCCCAUCUGGUUUGCGCAUAGUGGGACUAAUUUGUUUUUCAACAGGACAAUGACCCAACACACCUCCAGGCUGUGUAAGGGCUAUUUGACCAAGAAGGAGAGUGAUGACCUUGGAUCGCAGAGUGUAGGAAAAGCAGCCAACAAGUGCUCAGCAUAUGUGGGAACUCUUUCAAGACUGUUGGAAAAGCAUUCCAGGUGAAGCUGGUUGAGACAAUGCUAAGAGUGUGCAAAGCUGUCAUCAAGGCAAAGGGUGGCUACUUUGAAGAAUCUCCAAAUAAAAAAUUAAAAAUUGAUUUUUAACACUUUUUUGGGUUACUACAUGAUUCCAUAUGUGUUAUUUCAUAGUUUUGAUGUCUUCACUAUGAUUCUACAAUGUAGAAAAUAGUAAAAAAUAAAGAAAAACCCUUGAAUGAGUAGGUGUCCAAACUUUUGACUGGUACUGUACGUACAUACAUACAUACAUACAUACAUACAUGUACCUUUUAUAUGCAACCUGAAUACACUAGUGGUAUACAUACAUACAUACAUACAUACAUACAUACAUGUACCUUUUAUAUGCAACCUGAAUACACUAGUGGUAUACAUACAUACAUACAUACAUACAUACAUACAUACAUACAUACAUGUAACUUUUAUAUACAACCUGAAUACACACACAGUAAAAUAGGAGAAGAAGUGGGACAGGUUGCAGCUUUGGCACUAGUGCUUGAUAAUAGAAGAGGAUAGUGAAGUAUUACAUUUCGCUUUUUUACAUUCACUUGACAUACAUAUAAUGCACAUACCACACACCAGUUUACAGAUGUUAUUUUUAUAUGGGAGAUGUACAUUAUUUUCCACACCUUCAUCCACAAUACCACAGUCACCUCACAGCUUUGGUGUGGUUUCAGGGAAACUCAGAAAGCAGAUACGUAAGGCCUGUCUGCCGGUAGACAUCGCCCUCUUGUGGCUGCCCACUGUAGUACACAUGCAUUCCACAAGGGUACUGUCUGAAAGUUUGUGAACCAUGCAUUGAUUGCAGUGAUUUUAAUUGGUCAAACAUAAAGGUUAGGCAGGCCGUUUAUAGCCUAUAGUUUAGUUGGAUAAGGUAGAGAGAAAAACACACCAAACCAAAAGCUUGUAAGAUGUUAAAAGCAAGGUAUUUAUUUUGUUUUUUUUUAAAUUAUUCUCUUUGGAAAGGAGUAUGGUCCAAGCCAGGUAAGCAGACAGACAACUGUGUGUGCGCGCGAAUGCUCUCAACGUUUCUAAAGUUGUCAGCCUUUUCUACCAUCCUAAACGGAUUACGUUUACGUUUCUACUUUACAUAGCCUCCGGUCAUUUUACUAUAAUGCAAAUGAAGACACUAUUAUACGCUCUUCAAUUAUAUGAAUGGUGUCUUUUUUUUAAAAAGCGUAACAGAGUAGAUUUUAUUGCAUUUUAUGUUGAAUGCACUAUUUUGGAAGAAGUCCUCAUUUUUUCCUGCUUUGGUUGACGUUCGAUUGAUGCAAGAGCAGAUAUGGAAAAGGAAGCGACACAUCUCACUCGCUCCUUUUGUCUGCUUCAUAUACAGUCAAUGAACUAAGCGGACCAGACCCAGCUGCUCAUGAAUUGGUGCCUAUUGGAGAGCCACCCCUUACGUAGACAGGAAAAAUAAAAAAUGGUUAAUGGCCUGAGUGGGACAUCUAAAUGUAUUCACCAUCUUUGGGAAGAGCUAGAGAGAGUGGAGGAUAUCCUGUGUUUGGCGCGGAAGGACACCCAUCGGCCGCAGUGUGGGGGUUGUGAAGUGGUCUGGCUGAAUUUGAAGAGAUUUCCUGUGGCGGCGGAGUGAUCCGGGCUUGUGGUGCCUGUGCAUUUCAGUGUAAAGUCAAUGCGAAUCUGCAACACGGGAAGAACAUGGCGACUUCACUUCAUGAGGGGCCCGCUAACCAACUCGACCUGCUCAUCAGAGCAGGUAACGUAACGGAUUUGAUUUAGAACUCGUUCUGGCGGCGACCGUUGGUUGACGCGGUAUGUGUGGUUUUUGGCGACCGCUGCGCCCCCAUAUCCAUUUAAGUAGUUUCGUGAAGUAAUGGAGGGCAAAGCAGGAAGUGAUCACCUUGCUUAGUAACCUGCAUGGCGAUGUCCGCUUUUCUUCAGACGUUCUUAAAAUGUUUCAAAGUACCGUUUGGCUAUGAGCACUGGAGGAUUAGACUGCAAUAUGCACGUAGCAGCGUGUGCAUAUCGUGAUUAUAGUUUUUCGUCCAUGUGUAUCAUAAUAACUGGUUAUUCGGGCAGAGAGCGAGCCCCGCUGAAACCAGGAAGUGUUGUAGAUGUGUUGUCUUUCCUACGUCUUUGCCACGCUGUCUGAGUCGGAAGGGCAUGUGGAUUUAUGUUUAUUCCGCAUUUGAUCAUGGCAUUAAAUACACAAUCUGUAUAUAAAAUCUACCUAUCUUGAAUCAGUUAUGUUGUGAUUGGAUUAUUUCCCUGUAUUGAAAUAUAGUCAAUAUAAAUGUUUUUCCUUGUUGAAUAACACACACAGCCACUUUGUUCAAACAUUGAAUGACACGGAAGUGAGUGAAAACAUUUAGUUGAAGGCUGUAUUCUAGGAAUUUUGUGACUUUUUAUUUAAUUUAUUUUUUGCCAUGUUCCGUUUUGAGUCAGAUUCGGACCGUUAUCUAAGUAUGGGCCCAGCGAUUUAUCCCGUGAAGUGUGUGGAGGCUGCUAACGGUGCACUCACAAUGCUGGCUUUUGCCAGUGUCUCAUUUAAGUUCAGUUCGGCACACAAACACAAACGUUUGUAUUUGUUUUUACAUUGGCUAGAGUAUUAUAUUUUCUUUCUUGAUUUAACACGAUUCUUAAAGUAUUUGGGGGAUAAUUUCGAUGGCGGAAGCAUUGUUAUGCAUCUAGGCGGGUUUUGGCUUGAUUGACAGGUCUGUUUGACCAACGGCGCUCAUGAGGCGUUCGAAAUCCUCCAACCAGCCAAUGAGCGUUGUUAGAUGGGUGGGUGUAGAUUACUGAAGUAUCCAAUGGCGUCCGGGGCGGGGAGUGAGUGACGUGAGGUAUGGAGACCGUCUUCACCGUCUUCGAAGAGAACUGGAGGGAAAGGCUACGCGAGUGUAAACACGGAAGUCAUAGGGGACAGCACUACUUUUUGUCGGACUUGCUGUUAUUGGCUCGGUCAAAUAGUUCCAGUUUAUUCUUUCUUUCGUGUGGAUAAGUAAAGAUGAAAAUCACAUUUAUUUACAAGGAUUUUGUACAUUGAGAAAUGCUGACUUUUAGACUCAAUUGGUUUUUACAGGUGUUAAUUAAUUAGUAGUGCAGCAGUACAUUUACAACCGAUUCUGUACCCAACAAAAGAUUCGGAUAACCAACCUCGCUUAACUAAACACGGACUGUUGAACCAAUCCCUAGAAAUAUGAAAAUGCGUAACAUUGAUCUCAGACAGACUUUUACAGUUAAACCCAGACAUAUAAUACGCUUACAGAUAAAUGUGUCUUAGCAUGUAUGUCAAAUGGCUAUGUUUAUAGCCUAUGUAUCUGUGUCAAAGUAUCCAGUGCCCAGGCUAUGUUAUGGUCUAUGGUGUUUUAUUUAGGUGGUCCUGCCUGGUUUCAAGUGCAGCUCGGCCUAUCAGGUGGCUAUAGUAGUUCUAGCCCUUAGUGGUGUGUUUGUUUAUGUGUGUGGGGCUACCGUUUGGUUGUGUGAGACGACGGGUAGUGUGUAUCAGGGUCUGUCUCCUAAAGAUAGCCCCCCCUGUGCCUGCCUCAUAACCUAACAUGGGCAGGGGUGAUGGUAACCAGAGACGUGCUUCCCAGAGAGAGACAACAACAGGUGCCCUGGGCUGAGUCCCAAAUGGCAGCCUAUCCCUUAUAUAGUGCAUCACUUUUGACCAGGGCCCAUAAGAACGUCCCGUAGGGCGCUGUUCAAAAGUAGUGCACUAUAAAUGGAAUAGGGUGCCAUUUUGGACGGACCCCUGGGCUUAGUCUCCUAGUUCCUCAGAAUGACUGCAUACCCAUACUAAUAAAUUGCGUCGUUUUUUUUUCUUUGUCAAACAAUUCCUAGCCCUUAUUAUUUACUGUGACCAGAUGAGCCCAAGGAAACCCUAUAGACCCCUUGUUGUAGACAGCCCAUGCUGAGGAAAACAAAGGCCCAGAGUUUUCCCCUUAUUGGGUCAUUUUAUAUGGGGAAAAACUUUAUACAGCCCAAAGAUGAGGAAGGAGGAAACCAUCACUUCUAACCAAGACUUAUUUGGACGCAGCCUGAGUGUAUGGCUAGUAAGUUACUUGAUGCUCUUUAACACCUGUUUCAAGGUCAGUCGUACGCUGUAGGUCAUAGUGGUUAAGGAUAGGACUGUUGUUUGCAGCUGAUCCUACAUCAGUAAUGCCAUAGUAACUGGAGACUGAAAGGUUGCUAGGGGGCGCCAGAGAGAGAAUGCCAGCUUUGACAGACCUUUAGAAGUCCUAUUUCCCUUGAGACAAAAUUAGUUGUUUCAAGUGUGAGAAGUGUAUUAAACAAGCCAUUGAAGGGUCUGAAACUUUAGUUUGGUAGUAAACCGUUAAAGGCGGCAGGUAGCUUAGUGGGUAAGAGCGUUGUGCCAGUAACCGAAAGGUCGCUGGUUCUAAUCCCCGAGCCGACUAGGUGAAAAAUCUGUCGAUGUGCCCUUAAGCAAGGCACUUAACCCUAAUUGCUCCUGUAAGUUGCUCUGGAUAAGAGCGUCUGCUAAAUGACUAAAAUGUAAAUGUAAAAUGGAACGCCGACAGUGCUUUCACAAUAAAAACAAAGCAGUGGAAAUCUGAGGUAACCAAACACAACUUUUAUUUCCAGUAGGAUGCAUCAGAACCCAUCUGUACUGUACAAGUAAUGAAAUGUCUACACCGGCUGUACAGACCUGCAACGGUGUCUACACCGGCUGUACAGACCUGCAACGGUGUCUACACCGGCUGUACAGACCUGCAACGGUGUCUACACCGGCUGUACAGACCUGCAACGGUGUCUACACCGCCUGUACAGACCUGCAACGGUGUCUACACCGGCUGUACAGACCUGCAACGGUGUCUACACCGCCUGUACAGACCUGCAACGGUGUCUACACCGGCUGUACAGACCUGCAACGGUGUCUACACCGGCUGUACAGACCUGCAACGGUGUCUACACCGGCUGUACAGACCUGCAACGGUGUCUACACCGGCUGUACAGACCUGCAACGGUGUCUACACCGGCUGUACAGACCUGCAACGGUGUCUACACCGGCUGUACAGACCUGCAACGGUGUCUACACCGCCUGUACAUACUUGCAGCGGUGUGUUUCACCUGUACUAACGUGUGUUUUCUGUGUUUCAGUGGAGGCGUCCGUCCAUUAUCAACAGUCUGGCACCAGGAUCUACUGUUCUGAUAAGACCAUCGAGGCUGCCGAGGCUCUGCUGCACAUGGACUCUCCUACCAGCCUGAGAGGGGACCGCAGCCCAGGUAACUAACACACACACACACACACUUAUUUUGAUAUUUUAGUUGUAUUCAUGAUGGCAUAUUCCAUCCAUAAGCAGCUUAUAUACAAGAACAGAGAGACAUCAUUGAUGUAAUAGAUCUCAGAUGAUUUCUUAUAAAUGUUGGUGUUCACACAACGUCAUAUCCACCAGAACACACACACACACUACACACACACAGUUUCUCUCUUCAUAAAGUGUUCCGUCUUGUCCCACUAGACGUGUUCAUCCCGGCAGCGUGUGUGACCACCCCAGACUUCCUCCACGCUGCGAUGCGUCCAGACGUGAUGACCGAGACUGUGGUGGAGGUGUCUACAGAAGACUGUGUGGACGAGGACAUGGAGGUCACCCUCAUAGAGGAACCAGACCAAUCAGAGCCUGACCACCAACCCGUCAGAAAGAAGAAAGGUUAAGAUGACUUUAAGACAGGAUAGAAUACUGGCUAAUCCAAUGAGAAAUCAAGAAACUUUCCAUAAUACUACCCAAAGAUACUGUCUGUUGAUUAAGACCUAAAAGUAAUGCUAAAGUGCCUCAAUUCGUUUAAUGAUAACAGCAAUAUAAAGAUGUUGAUAAAUAGGAAUUGAAUUGUCAGACUGGCUGUAUCUUGUAGACAGGAUGUUGAUGGUAAAUAGGAAUGAAUUGUCAGACUGGCUGUAUCUUGUAGACAGGAUGUUGAUGGUAAAUAGGAAUGAAUUGUCAGACUGGCUGUAUGUUGUAGACAGGAUGUUGAUGGUAAAUAGGAAUUGAAUUGUCAGACUGGCUGUAUGUUGUAGACAGGAUGUUGAUGGUAAAUAGGAAUGAAUUGUCAGACUGGCUGUAUCUUGUAGACAGGAUGUUGAUGGUAAAUAGGAUUGAAUUGUCAGACUGGCUGUAUCUUGUAGACAGGAUGUUGAUGGUAAAUAGGAUUGAAUUGUCAGACUGGCUGUAUGUUGUAGACAGGAUGUUGAUGGUAAAUAGGAAUGAAUUGUCAGACUGGCUGUAUCUUGUAGACAGGAUGUUGAUGGUAAAUAGGAUUGAAUUGUCAGACUGGCUGUAUGUUGUAGACAGGAUGUUGAUGGUAAAUAGGAAUGAAUUGUCAGACUGGCUGUAUCUUGUAGACAGGAUGUUGAUGGUAAAUAGGAAUGAAUUGUCAGACUGGCUGUAUCUUGUAGACAGGAUGUUGAUGGUAAAUAGGAAUGAAUUGUCAGACUGGCUGUAUGUUGUAGACAGGAUGUUGAUGGUAAAUAGGAAUGAAUUGUCAGACUGGCUGUAUCUUGUAGACAGGAUGUUGAUGGUAAAUAGGAAUGAAUUCUCAGACUGGCUGUAUCUUGCAGACAAAGGGCACCAACUAUUGGCAGAUUGGGAGAUUGCAAGCAAUGUGAAAUGCUCAUGUCUUUCACUGAUUAAUGUUAGUUGAUUUAGAUUUAGUUUGAAUAACUUUAUUGGUCUUGUCUGUGUAGCGGGGAGGAAGCCAAAGCCUCACCAGCCUGCUGUGUCCAACGGAUCACCGGACCUCGUCAUCAAGAAGAAACCCAGAGAAGGAAAAGGUAUGACAGACCUAAUGUAUUAUAUAAAGGACCCAUACAUCAACUCUGAGGAUGUCAUGUGUUGAAUAUUCACCUCUUUGUGACGUUAACCUGUUGCCUGUAAACAUGGAGGAAGGGAUAAAUAUCAGCUUCCUGUUGACCGACCUGUCUGUCUAUGCUCUCCAGGAAGCACCACGUACCUGUGGGAGUUCCUGUUAGAUUUACUCCAGGACAAGAACACCUGUCCCAGGUAUAUCAAGUGGACUCAGCGAGAGAAGGGUAUCUUCAAGCUGGUGGACUCCAAGGCUGUGUCCAAGCUGUGGGGCAAACACAAGAACAAACCUGACAUGAACUAUGAAACCAUGGGGCGGGCUCUGAGGUGAGGGCUUACCCAAGAACUGUCUUAUCACUUGAAAUGGACUGGCGUUGACUGUGAUGUGUGUGGGUAUGUUGUUGGUGUGGGGUAUACUGUUGGUUGUAUGAGCUCUACCACUUCCAGUUCAGUCUGAACUUUACCACUCUCCCUCUAUUUUCUCCCCCUUCCUCGUCCCUCUCUUCCUAUCCCCUCUCCUCCCUCAUCUAUUCCCCCUCUCUCUCUCCCUCCCCUCUCUCUCCCUCCCCUCUCUCUCUCCCUCCCUAUCCUUCCUCCUCCCUCUACCAGGUACUACUACCAGCGUGGUAUACUGGCCAAGGUCGAAGGUCAGCGGCUGGUCUACCAGUUCAAGGAGAUGCCCAAGAACAUCAUUAUCAUCGAGGACGACAAGGCCGACUCCAGAUCGGACGAUCUGAUUGGCUCAGAGAAGUCUUACCACGAGAGAGUCCCGCCCUCGUCGGAGACGAUACUGAAUGUGGCCGAGCUCGCCAAGACGCCCACCAUCCUGAGGGGCGGGACUAGAACCAUAGUCCAUGCACCGGUUGCUAAGGGCAACAAUGUGGUGAUGACUGGGGGCGGGGCGGCGGUGGGGGUUCCGAGGAUAGUGACCGUUUCCACGGCGCCAGACGGAACCCAGACGCAGCAUUCUCACACGGCCAUCAUCCCCACCGUCUCAGGACCCAGGUUAGAGAGAGAGAGACACACCCUAAUACUGACCGUAAAAUAGUUUGUUUAUAUCUAUCUAGCAAUAUCUAGUAAGUUUGUAUUUACAAAACUUUGUCAGACUCCAGUUUGUUAUUGUUUCUGUCUCCAGGACUGUACGGGUCGCCAUGCAGGUGCCUGUAGUCAUGACAACAUCACUGGGCCAGAAGAUCUCAACGGUUGCCAUGCAACAGGCGCCGGGGACGUCGGGAGGCCAAACAACGUACCAACUGGCCAACGCCUCUCCCAUCGGCACGGCAACGGGCAACGCCAGCUCACAACAGAAGGUGGGUAACCACUAGUUAGCUAGUGGAUGUGUCAGCCAGCUACACUGUAGACAGAAUGGACAGUUUGACUUGGCUGAACUACACAGGCACGCCUCAUACUAACCAUCAACGAUUGAAAACUUGAAUCUUGUAAACCAUAUAGUUAACUUUUGAUCCCAUAAAAUUAAAGUGACUAGGUCUAAUCCUUUACCUUCUACAUCAUACAUUUUCACCCAGGUUGUAUUCAGACCGUCCCACCACUCUGUAUAGAUCUAGAAUGAGUAGACCUGUUCCUAACAGUAUAUCUCUUCUCUCCAGGUUGUAUUCAGACCGUCCCACCACUCUGUAUAGAUCUAGAAUGAGUAGACCUGUUCCUAACAGUAUAUCUCUUCUCUCCAGGUUGUGAUCCAGACCGUCCCCACCACUCUGUAUAGAUCUAGAAUGAGUAGACCUGUUCCUAACAGUAUAUCUCUUCUCUCCAGGUUGUGAUCCAGACCAUCCCCACCAUGGUUCCGGCCACGGCAGAGAACGGAGACAAGAUCACGGUCCAGCUGGCUAAGAUCAUCACCAUCCCAGCCCACCAGCUGGCCCAGUACCAGCAGCAGCGGACCAAGCCCGGCCUGGGGGGCUCCCCGACGGGCAGCGUUUCUCUCCUGGGCGGGACAAACUCCUGGGGGGUCCGAGCCCUGGCACCUCAUGUUACCAUGGCUCCAGGGACACAGGUGACAUUUUUAAUUUUUUGGCAAUUUUAAGCUAGAAAUAGGAAAACGCAUACUUUGAAACAUCACGAGAUACUGUAAUUCAAGCAAAAAAGUAUUGCAUUUGGGAACAGACUUGUGUGCGAUUAUUAAAUUUUUUACUAAUUCAAAUAUUUUGUCCCCUGUAACCAAGGUGAUGAGGCUGGCUGUUCCCACAACGCUGCAUCAUCAACAGACGCAUCAUAUCGUCACAACAACGCAAGGUGGCGGGACAGGGACGGCAGUGGUCACCGUGACGACGACCGCCAACCGGAGUGCUCCGUCGGCGGCACCCCAUAUCAUCAGCGGCAUCAUCAAAAGUUCUGACAUCGCCACGGCAAUGAGAGAACAGCAACAACAGCAAGCCAAGACGCUGACAGUUCAAACGGUGUCGGUACAGGCCGUUCCGGUCCAGACGACGUUACCGGAAGCACCGGAGAAGGACAGUCCGAGCCGCGAGGCUGUCGCCACGGAGAUCGUCCCGGUAGUCGUCCAAUCAGAAGAUCCAGAGUGUUGAGAGGUCACAAGUACGGACACACGCAUACCUAUAAUCAUUGUUUGUACAGUUUUUGCCCAGAUAGGAGUUUGUUCCUCUUUUUCUACCUGACAGUCUGAGAGACUAUAAAGACCCACAACCACCUCUGAUUUACCCUGGGGGGGGGGGGG